AAAUUUUAAUGGAUUUUCAAGGAGAGGCAGAGAUAUGUUAAUCUAUAAUUUCGUAUCACCAAUCGAUGGACCUACUUGGGAUGAAUAUGUUCACGCGUAUAUCGACAUAAGUAAAACAUAUCCUAUGAGAAAUGCCAUAUACAUACCCAUAAUGAUUCCUCUACGAUAUAAAAUAUCCUAUAAAGUUUGUACUUGGAUUGGUCACUUCCUUCCAGCUUUAUUUAUGGAUAUUGCAAGCAUUUGUAUGAAUCGUAGUCCAAGAAUGUGGAAGUUGUAUACAAAAAUCGACAAAUUCUUCGAUGCACUUGGUCAUUGGAUUGAACAAAAGUGGACUUAUUCUACUGACAAUGUUGAUGCAAUGUGGAAUCGUCUCAAUGAGAAGGAUCAACAAUUAUUUAAGUUUAGCAUGAUAGAAUUUGACUGGGAAAAAUAUUUUAUUGGUCAUUAUCUCGGCAUACGCCGCUACUUACUCAAGGAAGAUGAUAAUACUUUAGAAAUCAGUCGUAUUAAAUAUAAAAGAUUUUAUUGGAUACACCAAAUGAUAAAAGUUGUAUUUGUUUUUGUUGUUUUUUGGAUCAUCUUAAUUAUAUUUAAGAAAUUGUUUAUAUAAUGUUAACAUUAAGAUAUUUAUUAUUUUUUAUUACCUUGUUUUACUUUUGUUUUAUGACACAUGUAAUACUUUAUUAUCUAUGCAUUCUCUUUUUUUUUCUGCAACUGCAAUGAAUUAAUAAUUUGGUAUCUUAGUCGCGAGUUAAUGUUAUAAAUUAAUGAACGGUAGGGAAAUGUGUACUGAAUUAGGUAACGUGAGUUUGGUUAACACUCAGUUUAUUGUGCGAUUGGAAUACAGUACUGCGUAUGUACACGAGAGAGAGUUCGACAGAACAGAAUGCCGGGUAAUGAACGCAACAAUAUGUUAAAUAUCAAGAAUGCAAAGACAAUGUAACCCUUUUCAAAUUUUCUUCUGUUUAUAUACCUG